ACAUACAUACGAUACGAGGAAGGAACUAUCAACAGCUUUUAGUAUCAACACUAAAGCCCAUAGUUAAUAUUAGGUUGGAUGGUUAAAAGCCCAUAAUUAUUGGGCUUGAAUAAGUUCAAAUUCACCAUCUAUUUAAGUUCGAAGACUUUUAGGAGAUUUGAGAUUUCACAUUCCCUCGCCGCCCGAACACCAAAAUACGCCGGCUAGAAUGAAGAACUGGAUCCCGAUUGAUCUCAUCAUCGAGAUACUCUCGAGAUUACCAGAAAAAUCAAUAGCAAGGUGUCGUUGCGUGUCGAAGGAAUGGAGUUCCAUCCUUGACCGUGAAGAUUUCACCGAAUUGUUUCUAACAAGAUGUAAAGAUCAUCCACGUCUCUUAAUUAGUGUACAACAAGAAGGUGAGUGGAGCUUUCACUCAACGCCUCAGCCUCAGAACCAUUACGAGAAUUCGUCUCUUGUAGUAGCCGAUUUUCAUACCAAGUUUUCUUCAGGGAUAAGCCAAUACAAUUGUAGCUAUGCCUCUGGUUUGAUCUAUUUUCAUAAUAUGCGCAUCCCAAAGGAAAAUGAAGAUGCAAAGCGUGUGUUAUGUGACCCUCUCACAGGACAAUAUGUUAUCUUACCUGAACUUAGAGGUCACUCGUAUUCGUAUAACUAUUUAGGGUUUGAUCCAAUAGACAAGGAAUUCAAGGUUUUGUUCAUGAAUACUAGUGAUUUUAUAGCGUCUAAGGAUGUAGAUCAUCAUAUUUUGACACUAGGAGCUGGAGAAUUGAAAUGGAGGAAGAUCCGAUGUCCUUUUACCCAUGAGCCUGGGUGGAAUAGGAUUUGCAUCAAUGGGGUUUUGUAUUACUUAGCUCUACAUUCUGAUGGAGGUCCUUAUGUGAUAGUUUGCUUUGAUGUUAGUUCUGAGAAAUUCAAGUUCAUAGGCGCAAAAGACUUCCAUGAUCAGUUGAUUAACUAUAAGGGAAAAUUAUGUGGGGUUAAUGUGGAGCAUGAUAAUGGUGGUGGAUUUCCCGUUAAGUUGUGUAUGUGGGUUCUAGAAGAUGUCCAGAAACCUGAAUGGUCCAAAUAUGUCUACACUUUGAGGGCUGAUAAUAAAGUCGUUAAUGUUAACUCUAAUAUUUCUGUUUCUGGGAUGACUGCUACCGGUGACAUUGUUUUGUCGUUGAAUAUGGCAUCUAAUCUGUAUUAUGUUUUCUACUUCAAUCCGGAAUGGAACACUCUCCAAGUCCAAAGUGUUGAAAUCCAAGGUCUUGGAGCUAAUCGUGAUCGCAUAGCUUACUACGCCUUUGUAGACUAUGUAGAGGAUCUUAGUGUUAACGAUGCACUGCUGCCAUUCAAGUCAAGCCCUUUACAACAAGGCAAAGAUAUAGUUACCAAGAGGCUAAAACCACGACAACUCCGCUAUACAUCUCGUGACCUUUCCAAGUCUGCUCCAUCUGUGAAGAACGAUGUAGAGGAUCUUAGUGUUAACGAUGAAGUGCUUCAACUCAAGUCAAGCCCUUUACAACAAUGCCGAAAUAUCGUUACCAAGAUACCAAGACAACUCUGCUAUACAUCUCGUGACCUCUCCAAGUCUGCUCUGUCUGUGAAGAACGAUGUAGAGGAUCUUAGUGUUAACGAUGCAAUGCUGUAACUUAAGUCAAGCCCUUUACAACAAGUACAAUCUACGAGAUGCCUUUGUAGAGACUAUGUAGAGGAUCUUAAUUUUUGCAAAGCAAUGCAACUCAAUUCAAGCCCUUUACAACAAGGCCAAAAUAUCGUUACCAAGAGGCCAAAACCACGACAACGCCGGCAUACAUCUCGUGACCUCUCUAAGUCUGCUCCGUCUGUGAAGAACAAGCAACAUAACAAGUACGAAUUCUUAGCAAACAUGCUCUAUCAUUCUGUUCGCUUAGCUAUUUUAUUUUUUGUUUUAUUUUGUUUGUUUUUCGGUUUUUUUAGCUAUAUCAUUCGGUUGGCUUAGAUACUGUUUAUGCUUCACAUCCAUUAACAAAGAUACUGUCAUCACAUUUCCCCGUGACAGAGUUUAUGAAUUGUUGUUUCAAAGCAAUAAUAGCUUAUUAGUGACAAGCUAGCUAGGACUUUCCUUGGAACAUACUUGGGUCUAAAUAUCCAUGGAACUGUUUGUUUCAACUCUCAAAAAUUUACGUUUUAUGUGAAAUUAUAGAU